AUGGCCGAGUCGCGCUCCGAAUCUACAAUACCCGAGCUGCUGAUUGGUUAUUCCGGCGUCGACUAUGGGAACUCGGAUACGAUUGCCACAAUAAAGCACCUGUCCUCCGGAGUAUCGUUUUUUGAAUACGCAGCAUGGCGGGUUAUCGACAGCACUCCAGCCUAUAGCUUAUAUGGCGAUUCACAAACCUCGGUCUGGCUGGACAACUGUGCGCUCACAGCAUCGGACUUUUUGGAUGGUAUCCAAGGCGACUGUGAGGCCAUCUGUUCCGAUUCGACGACAUCGAUGUUGCCAUGGAAUAUGAGGACUUGUUAUUCACUGGGAAUAGCGGCAAUGCUGGUCCAAAAUGGGAGUCUCACAUUCAACUCGUCAGAGCAGUACAACGCGCAAGAAGAGCUUCGAUACGGGAAUUUGUCAGCUUGGGAUGGGGAGAAGGUCAUCUCCGACUUCGUCAGCUGUAUCUCAUCCUCUUGCACCAUGUCGAAUAUCUCUCAUUGCGAUGAGGAAACUAUGGUCUUGGAGAACAUCCGUGUCACCACCGACAACCUCUAUACGAUACAAGAAGGGAUGAGCCGGUUUUGCUCCUACGGCGUCGAGAUCAACGCUGAUAUCGCCGGACCCGGAGUCAUGAUUUCCUAUCUCCUACAAAUCUGCGCAUCCAUCUGCUUUUGGGUACUCUUCAACAUACUCACCAAAUGGGCCUGGAUUGUAUUCUCGCCGCUGUUUUGCCAACUGAAGAAAGAGAAUCUGGAGAGUAAUCGACUAGACCCAUUUCUUACGGAUGGACCGAGAGAGAAGCAAUCCAGUUUCAUUAAGCAAGCCUGGCUAAAAGCUUCAGAAAUGCAGGGACGCCUGUCUCAAUGGCAUCUCUACCAGGCGACUUUCGCAAUCCUCAGAGAUUUCCAGGAAGUCCAGAUCUUUUUCAUUGCUGCUAUUCAAAUCGCCACCUUGUCAACCUUUCGACCGAAAGCCUCGGCUUCAUCAGAUAUCAACUCUGUCAACAGCUUUGGAGCGGCUAUAAUGGACAGUGAGCUCGUACAGAUGCUGGCAGUAAACAGCAUGAUACCCCUGCUGCUUGUACAGAGUAUGAUCCAACGCGGCGACAGGUACAAGCUCAGAAAAAGCAAACAAAAACACAGGCGGCUGUCGUUUACUUGGUACACCUUCAUCCUGGUCUGGGUCACCGUCAUCUUCGCCAUCAUCGUGCACGCGAGGAGAGAUAAGCUCAUCGCUAAUUAUGAGGACCUAUUCGACACAUUCAAGAGGGAAAAGGCUGUGGACACAUGUGGGGGAAAUCCGAAUCCCAUGGUGUACUGCAAUGUCGACAACGACCUCAACACCCGAUUCAACGCGGGCAUCCCUGUGAUCUACCUCGCAACCUCGCUCUUAAGCAUCGACUUCUUGGUAUACCAUGUUCCAAGUUUACGGCGAUGGCAUCCUUCGCACAUGAUGGAGGAAGCCAUGAACCCGACACAGGCUCAAGUCUUCCAUUGGUUCAGGAAGUGCCACUUGCGGAUAUUUACGAAGACGAUCUGGUUCCUGUUAGAGUGUGCACUUCUUGCCAGCUCGGCCAUGUAUCUCGCCGAUAUUCUCGCCAUCACACACGCUAUGACCGGCGGCUCAAAUUCUUGGGGAGCCACAAACUCAUGGGGAUCCUGGUCCUUUGGGCAGCUCAUUGCUGUCAUGGUGUGGGUGCCGACUCUUUUCAAGUUCCUUUUCUACCUGAAGUUCGGUGUCGAAGACAAAGACAGUACGCAUGAGGCGCAGAAAUUCGAUGGCACCGAGCACACGUUUGUCGAAAUGGAUCCGCUCCAAAGGACGUACGUGGGCGGUUCGACGGCUAGUAAGCCAAAGUUCUGGAUGGGGAUCCAACAAGGUUCUCCUAAGGGCACAUCAGAUUCCGGGUGCGAGUAUGGGUACGGACGAGCGUAG